CUUCCAUAUGAUAAGAAGAUAGACAUCUGGUCACUUGGCUGCAUCUUGGCAGAACUUUGUACUGGCAAUGUCCUUUUCCAAAAUGAUUCACCAGCAACAUUACUUGCAAGGGUUAUUGGAAUCAUUUGUCCCAUUGAUCAAGACAUGCUUGCCAAAGGACGUGGUACAUACAAAUAUUUCACUAAAAAUCACAUGCUUUAUGAGCAUAAUCAGGAAACCAACAGACUGGAAUACCUGAUUCCAAAAAGGACAUCUUUAAGGCAUCGUUUGCCUAUGGGAGAUCAGGGUUUUAUUGAUUUUGUUGCUCAUUUGCUUGAGAUAAACCCAAAAAAGCGGCCUACUGAAUCUGAGGCUCUAAAGCACCCAUGGUUAUCAUAUCCAUACGAGCCAAUAUCAGCUUGAUUUGUCUAAAGAUGACAUGCUGCAGCUGUCCUUGUACUCCUUCAGCCAAGUGUCUUGUUGAGAGGGAAAGCCAUUCGUUUCAUCUGCACAGUGCUUUUGUCCAUUGACGAAAUGCAAUGGUCUUUUCUCGGCAAGGGUCGAGUUGUAUUUGAGUCUAGCAUUAUGAAAUGAUGUAAUCAUGGAAAGCAUGAUUUAUUCUUGGGGUCUCCUUCAUCUCAACAUAAUAUGGUGGAAGGGGGAUUGUAAUCCUGUUGUACAUGAUGUGUGAUAAUUCAAUUUUAUAGCUAUUUUAGUAGCUAUAUUACAGCUAGUGAAAGAGUUGGAUAUCCAAUUAUGGUUGGCUUGUAAUGUGAGCUAUGAGUUGUAUGUGUAUCAAAGUUUGGAGCAAGGCGGGCACUUUCGUUCUUUU